AUGAAUCCAUCCCAACUGGUGGACAUCACCUUCGAGGUAUUUAAUAGCCAAGAGUGUGAGGAAUCUCAGCACCCAGCUAGCUCGUCCCGGCGCCCGCCCCGGAAGUGGUUGCGGGAGGGCGCGGAGCACGCCGGGACGCUCUUGGGUCCCCGGCGGGGCAGCUCUAGGCGCUAUGGAAUUGGCCCGUCCCGCACCCGGACCUUCCGGUCAGCUCGCCCAUCUGGUUUCUUGGAUGAUGGUGUGCUGAGAGGCAGCCAGGCCCCUGGUGAGCUCAUGGCAUCCAGGGAUAUGGUACCCUUUCCUGGCCAUCCCUGGGACACCAUCCUUGAGACCAUCAAAGACCAGAUCCCGUCCCUGGACUCGGAUUCCUCAGUGUCGGACUGUGAGGAGGAGGAGCUGUUCAUCUUCCAGCGAGAUCAAAUGGCCCUCAUUCCUGACCUGUCUGAGGAGCUCGCUGAGGACCCUGCCUACAAUGAUGUGCCUGGGAGCUGGGUGGCUACAGCCAACAAGUCUCCUCCUGAGUCAGCUCUGGUAUCUGUGGAAUUCACCUCAGAACCUGGGAGUGAGCAGAAGGCCAGAGCUCAGGAAGGAGGCGACCCCCAAAGGCCUUUCCAGAGCCCAGGUGAGCCCUGCACUCUUCCUAGACUCCUUCCUGACAGCCCCCAGCACCAGAAAGACAACACUGAGAGUGUCUCCUUCGGCACCACGUGGCCCCAGAACUCUCCAGGGGGUGUGCAGGGAGUCACCCCCACCUCCCUAACCACGGAGGCUCCGAGUGCAACCCCACUGCCUCACAGGGACCCUGCUCCUGGGGGGCUCAGAGCCCUGCAGCUGGAGAAACAGUUGAUGCUAGAGAGAGACAUUCUCCAUAAAGUGACCCAGGAGAGCCAGGAUGCAGCCUGCGGUGACCACACACCUGCAAAGGCGACACCCCGAAAAGAUGCCAGAUCGGCUCCAAGACCUGACAGAUUCCUAGGGGGACCUAGGGCCGGUCCACCGCUGCUCUCCCUUCAGCAACUUGAAGAGUGGGAUUUAGACAACAUCCUUCAGAAUCUGAAGGCACUAGAGGACCAGGGAGACGACGUGCCUGAUCCCAUUGUACCUUCCAUUGAUGACCAGCUCAUGGAACAGCUUGCCCUCCAGUGUGCCACCCAGGCCAGGUCCUGGUCCUCUGUCUGGAAGUUUCCUUUGAACAGACCCCAGGACACUGAGAAUGGGGAGACUUGUCACAGACGUGCCUCCACAAAGCUAGGCUUGCAGGCCGCUCAGGACCAGGAGCCCACUGGGGGCAGGAGGCUGAAGGGCCCAGCGGAGCCACCCACUGUCUUCAUCGAUCUUCGGCAGACCAGGCCACCAGAUCCCCCAUCCCCACCCAGUUCCAGCCACAGCUCCUCUGACAGUGAGGAGGAUACUGUGAUUGCAAGAGACCAGCAGCAAGACUCGGCUGAGGGGGUGCCUCACCCCUCCCAGCGGCUCCGAGGCUGCACCGGAAAGAGUCAGCUGCUCCAGCAACUCCGGGCCUUCCGGAAAGGACAAGCUGCACCCAAGCCGAGUGCCUGUGAAAGUCCCGUCAGCCCGAAGGCGCAGGCCCCUGAAGAGAUGGGCAUGAGGAGGAAGAAACACGUCAAACUCUGGGCGGAGGGGCAGGACAUCCUGGCCACACCCUCAGGAGCAAGUCCCAGGGUCCUGGGUGGCCCUCUUGGGCCAGUGACAGCUGGGGAGUCCCUUGUGCCUCCUCUGGGUCAUCCGUAG